CUGGAAACUUCUGAGAGCAGAGAUGCUGCCGGAAGUCCCGCCCUCCCUGCAGCGGAAGUGUAGCGAGGUGCAGAGAAGCCGGUGAGCUGUGCGUGUAGUGUGUGGAGAAAAUGUCUAACCCGAGCCCAAUGGCCAAGCCUUCCAACCCCUCCAACCCAAAGGUGUUCCUGGAUGCGGAGAUCGGAGGAGAGCGCGUGGGUCGAAUUGUUUUGGAAUUGUUUGCCGAUGUUGUACCCAAAACUGCAGAAAAUUUCCGUGCCCUAUGUACCGGAGAAAAGGGCAUUGGCCAAUCAACUGGAAAGCCUCUUCAUUUUAAAGGAUGCCCAUUUCACAGAAUUAUUAAGAAAUUCAUGAUCCAGUGUGGAGACUUCUCAAACCAAGAUGGAACUGGAGGUGAAAGUAUAUAUGGGGAAAAAUUUGAGGAUGAAAACUUUCAUUAUAAGCAUGACAAAGAGGGUUUACUUAGUAUGGCUAAUGCUGGCCCAAAUACUAAUGGCUCCCAGUUCUUUAUCACCACUGUACCAACACCUCAUUUAGAUGGAAAGCAUGUGGUUUUCGGCCAAGUGCUAAAAGGAUAUGGCAUUGUCAAAAUAUUGGAAAAUGUUGAAGUAAAGGAUGAGAAGCCUGCAAAGAUGUGUACGAUAGCAGAGUGUGGGGAAGUGAAUGACAGCAAUGAGUGGAUGGCUUCUCCAUCAGAUGGUUCUGGCGACACUCACCCUGAUUUUCCGGAGGACUCUGAUGUAGAAUUAAAUGAUGUUGAAAGAAUUACCAGUAUAGCAGAAAAUGUGAAGAAUAUAGGAAAUAAUUUCUUCAAAUCUCAGAACUGGGAAAUGGCAACAAAGAAGUAUAACAAGGCUCUAAGAUAUGUAGAAAGCUGCAAAGAUGUCACAGGAGAUGACAACAUUUCAAAGUUAAAUCCUAUUGCUGUCAGCUGUAACUUGAAUAUUGCUGCCUGCAAACUCAAAGUAUCUGACUUUAGAGCAGCCAUUGAUAGCUGCAAUGAGGCUCUGGAAAUUGAUCCCUCUCACACCAAAGCACUUUACAGGAGGGCUCAGGGUUGGCAAGGACUAAAAGACUAUGAACAAGCACUGGAGGAUCUUAAAAAGGCUCAUGAAUUAUCACCUGAUGAUAAAGCCGUCAGCAGUGAAAUUCUGCGAGUCAAGCAGAGGAUUAAAGAGCAGAAAGAAAAAGAGAAGGCGGUAUAUGCCAAAAUGUUUGCCUAAAUGUCUGCAGUCCCUUGGAAUGUGUGAGUUUGGCAUAAGCAGUUGUCCCAUUAACCAAAAAACGGAAGACUUCUUUUUCCCCAUAACUCUGAUAACUGUACAUCAUUGUUUACAGCUUUCAUUUCUCUGAUUGUUGGUUCUGUUUGUUGUGGCACUGCAUGAACUAUGCAAAGGAGACAUCUGCUCGCCGGACGGUUUUAUUUUCUUGUGUAUUGGCUUUUGUUUGGCAGAUGAUGUGAAGGCACUAAAGCUUGUUUUAGUCUAACCCCAUUUAAAAAGGGGGGAAAUUCCUGUGUAAAUUUUAAGAGAAACGCAAUUAUUUAAUUGCAUCAUUUCUUUGUUAUAAAUGUUCAGGAAUA